AUGCCCGCACGUUCUCUGUCGCCGCGGGAGCUGGCGUGCGUGACCGCCGAGGGCGUCGCGGACAUGGUGGACGAGUCCGUGGCCAUGGCGUUCGGGCACGCGUGUGGAAGCAACUACGUGCGCAUCCAGGCCAGCAAGGUGCCGGCGGCCCACGAAGCGGCCGUGGCCGCCGAAGCGAUGCUAGCGCAGCGGAACGUGGAAUCGGUGCUGUUCCGCGGGCGGAGGCUGUCGGAGCGGACCAACGCCGAGAAGGUGGACGCGAUGGCCGCGGAGCUGGUCAAGGAGCAGGAGCGGCGGAGGCGCAGCCCGCUUCCGAACGUGGCCAUCAAACACGUCGGCACGCCGCGCCUGUCAUCGGCGACCACUGCUUCGUCGGGCACUGCGACGGCCAGGACGGCGUCGACGAUGCCGUCGCCGGCGUCAUGGGAGUCGCGCAGAUAG